CCUGAGCCACCUUUAUUUCAGGUGCAAGCCCAUGCAGAUGGGAUGUCCAUGACUCCAUGCAGCAACCGUCUGGGGGGGCCAAGCCUCAACGUGCACUAACUAAAUUUAGACCAGUAACAAACCAGUGAGCAGGGCUUUUUUGUGAAGAAUAUCUCCCAAGCUACCUACAUACUGUACUGACCAAUUAACCCUCGAAUUCUUUUUCGGCGGAGCCUCGAAAUUUACAACUCCCAACCGAAAAAAGAUCCAACAUCUUCAACCAAAGCUCAUACCGUCGCAACUCAUUAGUAGGAUCUGUGGCCCAGAUUUCGGGGGUGAUAUUCGGCGAAGAUGAUUCAACUCAAGACGAUGCUGAACUGCAUCGACAACUCUGGAGCUGCCAUAGUGGAAUGCGCACUGGUCAUUGGCCAGAGGAGACAUGCUACAAUCGGUGACAGAAUCGUAGCCAUCGUCCAAAAACAGCGGGGCGCCAGCGACGCCGGCAUGGGCGUCGCCUCCGCCGCCAACAAAGUCAAGCGCGGGGACAUCCGGCACGCCAUCAUCGUGCGCACGCGGAAACAAGUGCAGCGGCCCGACGGCAGCGUGGUCCGCUUCGACGACAACGCGUGCGUGCUCAUCAACAAGGCCGGCGACCCGAUCGGAACGCGCGUGAACGGCGUCGUGGGUGCUGAGCUGAGGAGGCGGGGGUGGAGCAAGAUUCUGAGUAUGGCUCCGGCCUAUGCUUAGACAAAUCGAGCGUAUGCAGAAGAAAUAAAAUAAUGAAGAAUGCCAACGAAUGUUGACAUUGGAAGUGAACGUGAAAAAUGAGAAUGAGCACGGCAUCGGGUUUACUCUACUGUGUUUACCUACGUACCUACCGGAGAGGGAGAUCCGCAGUAUAAGGCGAUGGUUGUGGGAACCGUAGGCAAGCUUCUGGCUUCGUACGAUUAGUGAGCUGUACCCCCUCUGCGUAAAAGAAACGGGGGUUGGAGAGGGCAAAUCAGUACUUUGGGAAUCAACUUACACACCAUGAUGAGAAUUACCGAUUAUCUGUUUCCUCCACCAAGCACUGCAAGACAACAUCACUCUACAAGCUUGCUGAAACCACAUGCAGACCCUUGAGUAAAGUGCAACGUUUCU